CCUAUCAUUCUAGCGUUGGAGGAGCGGGGUUCGCUGUUUUAUCCGAGAAUCUCAAUAUACCAGAAAACGAUUUCUUCAAACCGGGAAAGGUGUUCCCCAUACGCAUGCGCCAUGCAAAUCUGUUCACAGACGACGAUGCAAGUUGCGACUUUCGCUUGGCAAGUUUGAAGUUUGCUGAUGAGGACGGCGGAGGGCCUCUUGAUUUGAUUUUCUCAACAGGUCGAAUGCCUUUAUUCUACAACUUGGCCGAAUUAGAAAAGCUGGACGGAGCUCUAGGAAAACAAGAGGACGGGUUUAGGAAAUGGUUGUUUGAGCGACCCAUCAAUUAUUGGGCAGCUGUAGACGGUAUGAGACGCGCACCGACUUCAUAUUCAUCCCAGGUUUAUUACAACCACUUCACCUAUCACAUGACGUUUUCUGACGAAAGCACCGAAUUGGUUCGGUUUCGACUGGUUCCCGCCGCGGACGUUUCAGAAAGUGGGCUUCUUAACGAACAGCAGCAAAAGCAAGCUUGGGUCAGAGAAAGACAUUCAGAUAUUGGUAAUCGUGAGAGCUACCUGAGUGAGGAAUACGAGUCUCAGGUUGAGAAGCACGGUGCUGUGAGGUGGAUUCUACAGGUACAGCUUCAUGAUGUGGCCGAGCUUUCCGGCUACAACCCAUGUGAGCUAUGGGACCCCGUAACCCAUCCAUGGCGCAAUGUGGCGGACGUCUUUGUAACAGGAAUUCUCCCUGCUCAAUUCACCGACAAGAUGGACUUCAACAUAGACAACAGGCCCGAUAUCCUCUCAUUUCCUGAGGCGAAAUCUGUUUUUGAUUUCAAGUCCGCCAACAAAGCACUUCAAAUUAUGUAUGAAUGUCACCAGACACGGAUGCAGCGUCGACAAGUGCUUCAAGACCCUGAGGAGAAAGUUUCCUCCUACGUUAUCACGUUGGAGUCCGGACAACAGAGCCGUUCCGGUACCCUUUCGUCAGUACAGAUAACACUUCAAGGUAAAACCAGACGCACAGGCCGACACACACUCAGCAACGUUUACCUGACGUCAGGACUUCAUGUGCACCUUGUCAAAGACCGGUCGAUAGGCAACUUGAUUGCAAUACAAGUUGACAUCCGUCAUCGGUUGUCCAGUGAUUGGUACCUCAACCGACUUUUAGUGACUUGCUUGGAAAGGAACGAAACUUAUGUUUUUCCUUGCUUUGCUUGGUUCACUGACGAUAACAAAACCAUGGUUCUAAGACCAGAUCCGGCAGUGUCUCUGCCUCAGAUGGAACAAUACACCAAGCUUGCGGUAGUCCGCAAGUGGGAGCUUCAGAAGAAGAAAGAGCAGUAUCGCUGGGCAGAUUCAAAGACCGUGGUCAAAACUCAGGUUGAAGGGCACAAUGAAGACAACCUCCCAGGGCGGAUCGCUGUGAAAGAAAUGAAACAUCUGCCUAGAGAUGCCCAAAUACCUGAGGAACGUAUAAAACACUUCUGGCACAACCUGAACGCUGGGUUCCUCAACCUCCAACUGGGGCGCCUGGCAUCUCUGAUUAGUGAAUGGAAGCACACUGACGACUUUAAAACCAUGGUGAAUAGGCUUUUGGAGAAGACUGAUACCAUGGACUAUGUUAUGGAGCAUUGGACUGAAGAUAAAGAAUUUGGGCGGCAGAUGUUGGAUGGAACGUAUCCAACGCUCAUUCGUCGGUUGGCAAGUCUUCCACCUAACUUCGUUGUGCCAGAUGACGCUCUUGUUGGUGUACUUGAUAGGGGACACACUUUGGGAGAAGAAAUCCAGGAAGGGACUAUCUUCAUGGUGGAGUAUCCAGACCUGCAAACAGUGCUGCGUUAUCCAGACCGUUACGUAGCAGAAGCCACCUGCCUCCUGUACGUACGCUCUGACGGAGCUUUGGUUCCAAUCGCAAUACGUCUUCAACAGUCCUCCGACAGCCAUGAGCUGAUUUGGACCCCCAACGACAGCCCGAUGGACUGGCUGUGUGCUAAAAUUUGGGUGAAGUGCGCCCACUACCAGUACCAUCAAAUUGUUGGCAGGAUGAUGUGCAGGUUAAUGUUGGAACCAAUUGCGGUGGCAUUGAACCGUUGCUUGUCUGUGGCUCACCCCGUGUAUCAGCUACUGCAGUCCCAUCUUAAGACCGCCAUUGGAAUCAAUGUGAUGGAUCGCCAGGUCUUUGGAGCGGGGUACAAUGAAUUUCUAGCAAUUGCUGACGGGGGACACAUCGCCCUGUUGAAGAAAACCUACAAGAAAUUCACCUUCAAGAUUUUGAACCUGCCGCUGGAUCUGGAGACCCGUGGUGUUGACGACCCAGCAGUUCUACCCAAUUAUCACUACCGCGACGAUGCGUUGGCCCUCUGGCAGGUAAUCCGGCAGUUUGUAGAAAAGAUGAUCUCACUUUUCUACCACUGCGACUCAGACGUCGCUGGGGAUGAAGAAAUCCAAGCUUGGAUCGAUGAAUGCCACUCCAAGGGAUUCCUUAACUGGGAAGAAAAUAUCGACCACGGGUUCCCUGACAAGAUCAGUAGCUUGGAAGAAUUAUCUGAGAUACUGACCAGUGUGAUCUUUACGGCAACUGGUCAGUACGCAGCCCUCAAUUAUUCACAGUAUGAUUACAAUACGUUUGCUCCCAAUAUGCCUUCCACAAUGAACAGACCACCACCUAAGGAAAAGGGUGUCGUCACCAUGAAGUCGAUCGUAGAAAUGUUGCCAACCAGACGACAGACCGCGUUCUCCAUUGCUGUUGCGUACGCGAUGUCUCGGCACGAAGGGGGUGAAGUGCUGCUUGGGAAUUAUCCAGAGUACAGUUUCACCGAGCCUGGGCCGAGAAAGGCGGUGGACAAUUUCCAGGGGGAUUUGAAGAAGUUAUCCAGUGCUAUUCAUGUUCGCAACAGAAAACUUGCGGUUCCGUAUCGCACUCUCUUGCCGGAGAAAAUCCCCCAUUUCAUUGCCAUAUAAUGAGUCUAAGGUCGUUUUGUAUAACUUCAUACUUGGAGCCCCGAGGUUUCAUGAGGUUUAAGCGGCGGUUCUCCUCCUUAUUCUUCCCAACGUCACUUUAAUGAUCAAGCGCACGUGAUGUGUGUGACAGUUUAGAAUGAGCAAGAUAAAUACACAGAUUCCAACGCUCCAACUACACUUUAUCAAGUUAAGUUGCCUAGUACUGGAACUUUUUUAACCUACGAUGAUACGAAUGAUAUUCAAGGGUUUCAAAAACCCACGUCAGCAAGUUUAUACAACUUUGCUCAAUAUAUUUUGUAUAUUUAUAUGGCGAAGGGUUUGUAAAAGAAGCAGCAGAAGCGGGGAAGGUGCACAUGCUUAAGCUUUUAGAUGACUGGUGAUGGUUUUUUUUCAUCCUUUUAAGUCUGUUCGAGGGAGAUCUACUUUUCCUUUUAAAUAGAGAAAAUACCAGCCCCUGCCAAAAUAAUGUCUACUAAGUGCGCCACAAUAAAAAAAUCCAAUGUGUAAAAAAGCAAUUAUUUACUGGUCAAUAGGGUGAUGGUUUAAGUAGCGAGAAAUUGUUAAAUAAUUCUUGAAAAUGUGUUUGUACCAAACUGUAUCCUACCGUAGACAUUUCAAACUUACUGUAUUAAGUUUUGCUUUUUAUUUGCUUCUACAAAAAAUUAUACAGCAUUAUGCUGCGGCAAUGAACAAACUGUACAACAUGCAGUAUGUUCUCUAUAAUCACAUGAACUAUGCUAACUUCACUUUUUUAUACAAAAUUGAAACUGAGACAGAUAUUGACGAUGAAAUAACUGUUGCUUUGAACAAUAAGUGUAUCAUUAAUAUAAAGUGAUAUACGUCUUCCAGUGCCUUUCUCCACAUUCUACAUUAAGCUACCUAUUCAACAUGGCACAUUUAAGGUAAAGCUCACAGAGCUUGCCAUUAUGUAAAUGCUUUUUAUAACUUCAUAUGUACAACUACACAAGUGAACUACAAUAUCAGCAACAAGUGAGCUUUUUAUAUCAUUUUACAAUGUAUUAUUCAUCAGAUGAUUAAAAACAAGAUGAUUCAAAUCUUUUAACUCUUGUGUUAUUCUAUAACAAUUGCUGCAAAUUUGUCAGUGUGAAAAUUCACCCAAAGAGAUUUUUAUAUUGCUUUUAAAUGUUCUUUAUUCUCCACCACUGACUUUCAUGUGCAUUUAAAUUAUCUAUAUACAAUAUUGUCAGAAAAUACUCAUAUAUUUAAAAAAAUGAAAAUCUGUGAACACAUUCUUCUACAAAAUUAUGAAGCUUGUUAAUAUACUCCCUGCGAAUCAAAUAAUCAUGUUACACAAACACCAGAAAUAACUUACAUUCAAUGCAAGCAUAAUUAUUUGGUAAAUUCACCUCUUAAUUACAGUUUCAUUUUGAAAAGAUGACAUUUACAGCUUGAAAAGGUGUGAUAAAAACCUAGCAAGAUCAGAGAAUUGCUUUAACCUAUUAAUGUUACAUGCACAUUUACGAACAGACAAUAAAAAUUAUAUCUUGUUUGUUUUUUUUGUUUUUUUUUUGGACACUUAUUCAUCAUAUGUAUUAGUCUUAAGGCUGUUAACAUUGUGAAGAACUUUUCAGCAAAUCAAGUGUUUAAAAAUGUGCUGACAUUUAAGGCAAAUCUAGAUUAGGAUUACAGAAGUACAGGCCACUUUUCAUCUUUACCAAAGAAUUUUAGUAAACCAUAUGUAAUGAUCACAAUCUUUAUGAGCAUGUUAUGACAGCACAGGUCAGCAAAUGCAUACUCACCGAAAUAAUUGUUUCUACUGCUCAUCUUAUUUAAAAUUUUACCUGACAACCUGAAGUAUCUAAAUUAGCUUUUUCUUAUGUUCUAAGUUCCUGUGUUAUGCGGGUCUGUGGUGUUGUUUUUACCAAAUAAGUGCAUGCCUGUAG